AUGUCUGUGGAAGGUUUAGUGGGUGUUGAGUGCGGCGGCGAGGGUGCGGAGGUGUGGCCGGCUGGCGUGGCCAUCGAAGGCUGGAGUACUGUCGUUGAACCUACCCAGUGCAAUCCUCAGUUGGUGCAGUGGAUCCCAUACGAAGACUCGCCAGCCUCCGCGCCGCCGCCCCGCGCCCCGCAGCCCGCCUGCCUGUGGCCCGCCACCGCCGCCGGCCAACAGUAUCCGCUUAUGACGAUUAACAAUAAUCAGCAGCCUGUAUGGACUCACAUUACGAGAGAUGCACCGCAGCAAAAUUACUGGGCUCAGCAAGCUUUUGAGAGCAAUCAUAACCAGUGCUCACCAGUAUACACCAGCCUCCACCAGCCACCACCCCCGGCCAGCCUACCGCACCCCCAGUACAAUGCACCAGCGACCAACCAGCGCUUCUCCAAUGAACAGUUUAAACUGAAACCGAAUUACCAAACCCUGGUGCAGCAUCCCGCUGCCACCGCACCAGCAACCAACCAACAACAACCGCUGUACCACAUUACCAUAAACCGUCAACCACCGCCAUCAACCAAGCCAGUGAAAAAGGUGACAAAACGCAAGCGCGUGCGCACCGCCUUUACCACGGAUCAGAUCCUGGCGCUGGAGGAGGUAUACAGCACCCAGACGUACGUGAACCGUAACGAGCGGCAGGUGCUGACAGACAGGCUGAAGAUCAGCGACCGCGCCAUCAAGGUCUGGUUCCAGAACCGACGCAUGAAGGGCAAGAGGGAGUCCCAGGCGUCUCUCGAAUAUUCCGACGAAUUCGAAGGCACUCCUGAACAGCCAGAGCCCAUCCAGGAACCCUCCAGCUCCAUCGACUCUGUCACGAGCAAUUCCAGCAGUGAACUUGACUACGUCGAAUCACAAAUCAAAAGGUCUGAUGAGCAUGGCUACGUUACUUUAGACGAUAAGGCUUGGGGUACUCUGUUCAAUGUAAUCGACCCGUAUGUGCCGAAUUACGUUGGACUGAGCCCUGACACGACCACUAAAGAAAUAGUCACAGAGGACUUAAAGACAGAAUUUUAUGAGCCCAUCUCGCCUGCCGAUUCCAACGGCUCUGCUGCUGAGGACAUGGAGUCAUAGGAACCGCCCAAAGACGAGGAAUCUAUGAAGAGACUCUUUCACAUACAUUUCUGCUAGGCUCGACUCUGGGCAGUCACCAUGGCCCAGUCCUCUCAACAGAUUGUGCGGUAUCGGAUCAUGAAUUUGUUUCUGAUGACUAUUUGUUUUGUGUUAGAAUUAGAAGUUAUAUC